CUCCCCUUCUCUCACCACCACUCAUUUUACUCAUGUUUUCAUCCGUUAAUGCUCCUUUUCAAACAUUCCUCUCCACACUUCAAAAACUUAAGAAUCACAAAACCAGCACAAUCCCCACAAUCCACGAACAUGCCCAACAAUCGCUCUGCAACUCCGCCCCUUCAUCCAUGGCCGCCAUGACCCUAACCCUAUUCCUAAUCUGAUCCCUCUUCCUCCUCUCUCUGAAAUGACUUCUACUUCCUCUCCCACUUACUUUUUCUCCUCUAAUGCCUCCAAUUCUCUCUACAAAAACCCUAACUUCUGCAAUUUCAAACACUCCCCUCUCCUCAUCCACUUCACCAGAGCUCUCCAAAACCCGAAUGGCCUCCGCCCCCUCCCUAUUCUCCGGCCAAAUCGCCGGAGUCCGCGACCAGUUGCUGGAAUAUCACAAUUUGCAGAGGAUUCCGGCCAUGAAAAGCUCAACCAAACACUGAAGUCCUCAGAUGCAAAUGAUCUCCCUGAAAUGGCUCGAGCCUUCAAUGUAUCUUCGCAAACGGCCUCAGCAAUCACAGUCUGCACAGCCGUGGCCGCCCUUUCCUUUCCUCUUCUCAUGAAAUCGUUGGGGCAAGGAAUGGCCAUGAAAACUAGGGUUUUAUCGUACAUAACCUUGCUCUCUGGUUUCUACAUGGCCUGGAACAUAGGGGCAAACGAUGUAGCAAACGCCAUGGGAACAAGUGUAGGGAGUGGAGCUUUAAGCUUGAGGCAAGCAGUGGUUACAGCCGCUAUUCUCGAGUUCUCUGGAGCUUUGUUAAUGGGGACUCACGUUACGAGCACCAUGCAAAAGGGGCUUUUGGUGGCCUCUGUGUUCAAUGGAAAUGCGUCGCUUCUUUUUGCUGGGCUUCUCUCUUCUCUCGCAGCUGCCGGAACUUGGUUGCAAGUUGCUUCAUAUUUCGGUUGGCCAGUCUCCACCACGCACUGCAUAGUGGGAGCCAUGGUGGGUUUUGGUCUUGUCUAUGGAGGAGUGGGUGCAGUCUUUUGGAGCUCACUAGCCAGAGUUGCUUCAUCCUGGGUCAUCUCCCCGGCCAUGGGAGCCGCAGCCUCAUUCCUUGUCUACAAAGGCAUUAGAAGGUUUGUAUACAGUGCCCCGAACCCUGGUCAAGCUGCUGCUGCUGCCGCCCCCAUAGGGGUCCUUAUAGGUGUGAGUGGUGUCAUCUAUGCAGCCCUCCCCCUAAGCAAGUCCCUUCCCAUCGCAAUAUGCCAAUCUCUCGGAUGUGGCAUCAUCGGUGCAAUCCUCAUAAGUCGAGUAAUCCACAAACAACUCGGCCAUCUCCUUCUCAAACCUGAAUCCCCUGAACCUGACCCGAGAACCUCCCCUCAAAAUCUUGGCUUUCUCUCGGAUAUCGCUGGCCCAAAAGGAGCUCAACUAGAGAUAGUCUAUGGGGUCUUUGGCUACAUGCAAGUCCUCUCAGCUUGCUUCAUGUCUUUUGCUCAUGGUGGAAACGAUGUUUCCAAUGCAAUUGGCCCUCUGGCCGCGGCUCUCUCUAUCCUCCAAGGUGGGAGCACAGGGGCUGAAAUUGUGAUCCCGAAUGAUGUGCUAGCAUGGGGUGGGUUUGGGAUAGUGGCUGGUUUAAUGAUGUGGGGUUAUAGAGUGAUGGCUACAAUAGGAAAGAAGAUAACUGAGUUGACUCCUACAAGGGGUUUCGCAGCUGAAUUUGCAGCUGCAUCUGUUGUGAUUGUGGCCUCAAAGUUGGGUUUGCCUAUAUCAGCCACGCACACGCUUGUUGGCGCGGUGAUGGGGGUUGGAUUUGCUCGUGGGCUUAAUAGCGUGAGGGCCGAAACAGUGCGUGAGAUUGUGGCCUCUUGGGUGGUCACAAUACCAGUUGGAGCGGGGCUUUCUGUUGUGUACACUUGGCUCCUCACUAGGCUUCUUUCAUCUGUCUUCUGAUUUAGCUUCUUUCAUUGCUCAUCUGAUGGGUUCAGAUCUUGAUCAGAUAUGUGCAGGUGGUUCACUCUCGAAUGGCUAUUGUGGAUUAUUAUGCUCAUGAUAGCCAUUGGCAGCAUCCCCGAGACACCAAUUAUGUAUUACUUCUGAGGCUUCCAAUAUCUUACUUGAUUCUGUCCCGGUCGUUGUCCCCAAAUGUUGUCCGGGAAUUCAGAAAAAACAAAAAGAAAAAAAAAAAAAAAAAAAAGAAAGAAGAAGAAGAAGAAGAAGAAGAAAUUGUUGAGGUUCACUACUUGUGGACUGCUUCAUCCAUACCCUUUCUUUUAUUGUCCCUUUUGUUCUGAUUUGGAUAGAGUAAUAGAUUUUACUUUUGCAAUUUAUAUCUGUGGAAGAAAGAAAGAGUUCAUUCCCUUCAAGAAGAAAUAAAGAGGAAAACCAAAAAAACACUACUCGAGAAAAAGCCUCGUGCAGUUUGCAUGCACUAGCAAAGGCACAUACAUUUAUUAGGGAUCAUUUUGUCACAAUAGAUUUAAAUGAGAUGACGAAUGUGUGGAUUAUUUUAUUUAUCA